UCAUCCAUCCUUCAGACAUUUGGAGCACAAGCAUCCAUAAUAAACAAUCAAGAGUAACCACAAAUCCACUAUGAAGAUCUUCUUGGUCUUUGCCCUCCUCGUUGCAUCAACGACCAUCACCACCGCGACCGCACAGCUCGACCCUAGCAUCCAUGACCAAGAAAGGCCACAACAAUCGUUUCUGCAACAGCAACCACUUAUCCAGCAACAACCAUACCCGCCUCAAGAGCCACAACAACCACUAUUCCCGCAAAAAGAGCCACAACAACCAUUUCCGCUGCAGCAGCCACAAUACCAGCAACAACAACCGUAUCCACAACAACCACUUCCCCAAGAACAACUUCCCCAACAACAUUUAUUUCCGCAGCAGCCGCCACAACAACAAUUUCCACAACAGAUGCCUCUUCCGCAUCAACAACAAACAUUCCCGCAACAACAACAACAACAACAAGAACAACUCCCACAACAACAACCACAAUUCCCGCAACAACAACCAUUUUCCCAAUAUCAACAACCAUUAACACAACAACCAUACUCGCAAGAGCAACCAUUGCCACAACAACAACCUUCUGUAGAGGAAAAACAACAAUUGAACUUGUGCAAGGAGUUCCUCCUGCAGCAGUGUAACCCAGAGGAGAAACUGUCGUUACUCCAGUCAGUGAUCCCGUUCCUCCGACCAAAGACCUCACAACAGAACAGCUGCCAGUUGAAGCGACUACAAUGUUGUCGACAACUUGCACAUAUCAGUGAACCGUCCCGAUGCCCGGCCAUCCACAACAUUGUGCAUGCCAUCGUCAUGCAACAACAACAUGUGGAUAGAGGUUUCGGCCAGCCUCAACCACAACAGUUGGGCCAGGAAAUGCCCAUGCAGCCUCAACAUCAAUUGGGCCAGCACUCUAUCCUACCUCAACAACUAGCCCAGUACAAGUUGGUUAGGUUACUUGUGAUUCAGACCCUUCCUAUGUUAUGCAACGUGCAUGUCCCGUCUGAUUGCUACACCAUUACUGCACCAUUUGGUAGCAUGACUGCCUACAAUGGUGGACAAUGAAAUCACAAUAGUUGUACUACUAGAUAGAUGGACCUUCAUUGUUUACUCGAUUGGACGAUCGAUGUAGCAAUGAAAUAAAAUAAAAUGCCGUGCACCAUCA